AUGAUGUUUCUCGUGGCCGUUCUGCUGCUGUUUGCGCGGUGCAGCGCGCAGGGUGCGGGCUGGACGCCGCGCUCGUAUCCGGACCCCAUCAGGCACCCGGAGAAGUGUGGCCGGGAGGGAGUCAAGUCGUGGAUCUGCGAUCCGGACCGUCUCAUCAGCGUCGUCACGGCGGACAGAGUCGACGAAGAACUGGACGCAAUCAGGCUCGGAAUCAAGCCGUACAUCAAGGACCCCUGCACGAACGGCGAGUUGGGCUUCCAGACCAUGGUGGCGUUGAUGUCGUCGAUGGAUGACAGCGUGCGCGGGUACGACCUCGCGGGGAAGGCCAAGAACUUCGCACGCGCGUUACACGACAACUGGGGGGUCGGGGACCGCAAGUGCAACGACGGCAUCCUCAUUCUCCUCUCGAUCUUCGACCGGCAGAUCUACAUCUCCACCGGGAAGGGAGCGAAGGGCUUCCUGACAGACAGCGAGGUCCAGCACGUGAUCGCGACGAUGCGCCCGCUGCUCCGUCAGAACCGCCUCGACGACGCCGUCCUGGCUGGCGUGAGGGCGGUCGGGAAGGCGAUCGCCGGCGACUACCGGGGACAGAGCAACUGGGCCGCCUUGCUCAUCCCCGUCCUCUUCUUCGGCACCAUUGGCGCCUGCAUCUGCUGCGCCGUCAAGGCGGAGAACCGGCGGCGGCAGGAGUUCGACCGCGUCGGGGAGUUGCUCGGGCGCAUCAACCAGGACCGCGAGGCAGCGGCCAACAACCGCUACGUGUCGACCUCGUGCCCGAUCUGCCUGGAAGACUACGCCGCGCCGUCCGCGCCGCCGGAACAAGACGAGGGAUCGACGGGCAGCGGGGGCGCGUCCACGGCGCGCACGUCGCCGACCGUGCGCCCCGCCGCGGCGCGGGGCGGCCCUGAGCAGGAGCCGCUGGUUCCGCCGGGGACGCAGGCCAGCGCCGGCCCGGGGGGCGAGACCCUGCCGCCCGUGAGCGCGCGCGGACCCGAGUACGGGCCGUUCUACCUGCCGUGCGGGCACAGCUUCUGCGGGCGGUGCAUCUCGCAGACGUUGCGCACCGACCCGCGCUGCCCUAUCUGUCGACAGGAGUUCCAGCCAGGCGCGCCGCCCGGGGACUCCCCCGGCCACGACGGGCGGCCACAGGCGCCGCCCGGGGGCGCGCCCCCGCGCGGGCCGCCGCCACCGCCGCCGCCGCCGCCGGCGGGUCCGGACGGCCCAGCGCCGCCGGGCGGGGGCGGGGGCUGGUUCCGGGGCCUGUUCGGCGACGCGGGGGCGGGCCGCCGAGGCUGGGGCGCCCCCAGGCCCCGGUUCGGUCUCGGGUGGGGCGGGCGUCCGCGCUUCGGGUUCGGGCCUGGCGUUGGGUACAACGACUGCUACGUACGUCCCGCGCCCGCGCCCGCGCCCGCAUGUAGCUCGCUAGACGUGGAACCGAGCGCCUCCGUCGCGGUCUUUGCGUGCAGGGCGGCGGCAUGGGCGGCAUGCAGUUCGAUCCGUUCGGUGUCCCGGGCUUUGGAGGUUUCGGCAACUUCGGCUGGGGGUACCGGCCGCGGUGGGGCCCGAUGGGCGGGUACGGCCCCGGGCUGUUCGGGGGCCGGCCGAUGGGGAUGCAGGGCUUCAUGGACGACUACACGUUCCGGAUGA